CAAUCACCCCAAUCGUGCUCUCACUCUGUGCCCACUCCGCGCUCUCCCUCCUUCCUGCUAAACAGGUAGAGCUUCUUGAAGCCCGUGGCGCAGUAAAAUGUCUCGGGGAAGAGAAAGUCACAGCUGAUCAGUCUGGGAGCAAGAUCACAUCGGUUCCGUGAGCGGAUUAUUACCUCACCUCGUUCACCUCGCAACCAUGUACCAAGGUCUAAGCAUGGCUGCGAACCCGGGUUCCUACGAGCCGAGUUUCGUGCACAGCGCUGCGUCGCCGGUGUACGUGCCGAGCACGCGCGUCGCCCCGGUGAUCCCUGCUCUGCCGUACCUGCAGCCGCACAGCGCUGCGUCCCAGCAGAGCAGCCCAGCCUCGAGUCACUCAGCCUGGGCUCAGCCAGGCCCGGAUCCCGUGUCGUCAUACAACUCAAGCGGGACGCACCAUUCUCCGGUGUCUCCGCGCUUCACUUUCUCCGCGAGUCCGCCCAUGAGCUCUGGUGCGAGGGAAAGCGCCACUUACACGAGCCCGUUGAACGUCACGGCGAACGGACGGGACCAUUACAGCGCGCGCGGCCUGAGCUCGUCCUAUGCCUCGCCAUAUUCAGCUUACGUGAGUCCGAGCGUCGGGGGAACGUGGGCCGCGUCCCAUUUCGACGGCUCGGUUCUACACAGUCUGCAAUCUGCAGGACAGACCGGCGUGGCAAGGCACCCAAAUCUGGAUCUGUUUGAUGAUUUCGCAGAAGGCAGAGAGUGUGUGAACUGUGGGGCCAUGUCCACUCCACUGUGGCGGCGAGACGGGACUGGUCAUUACCUGUGUAAUGCAUGUGGACUCUACCACAAGAUGAAUGGCAUCAACAGACCACUGAUCAAACCCCAGAGACGACUCUCUGCUUCCAGGAGAGUGGGUCUGUCCUGUACUAACUGCCACACCACUACCACCACUCUGUGGAGACGAAACGCAGAAGGAGAGCCUGUGUGCAAUGCCUGUGGCCUUUACAUGAAGCUACAUGGGAUUCCUCGUCCUCUUGCCAUGAAAAAGGAAGGUAUUCAGACGCGCAAGCGCAAACCCAAAAACCUCAACAAGACCAAGCCUGGAACCCCUGGAAAUGAAGGCCACGCCCCUUCUAAUGCAGCCAGCACUGGCGGCAACGCAGUAGAGCCCCGCCCAAUCAAGACUGAGCCGGACACACCCACUUACUAUUCCCAUCAUAACAUACAUACACAGAUCUCAUACAUGGCAGGCCAAAGUGGGGCUUCAUCACUGAAGCUUUCUCCAGGAGCCCAUAGUGUAGCACCCAGCACCAAGAAUGAGCCAUGGAACAGCCUGAUCCUCACAUGAACCUGCUGUCUACCAAGUCAGAUGCUGCAGUUUCCGCCAGGACUAAUACCAAACUAGGGACGGCAAAUGGAACCUGAAAAAGAAACCAUCUAAUUCAUGUCAAACACAACCAUGACACAGUGGAAGAUACUGCGGAAGUCAAAAGAAGCCUAACAAGGGUCACAAGCUUGAUUCCUGAGACCAACGUACAGGAACGUAACCUGGAUAAAUCACUCACUCACAGACUGCCGGGAGUUAUUCCACUUAUCCAGUGUCUUCAGUAUUUAUAAAGUGCCCACUAAACAACCCCAUGUGCCUUUAUUUCUUUCAUUCAUUGCAAUCAGUGUUGUAAUACUGAAAACCUCUAUGUGUUUACUACUACUAGCUUUCAUUAUGCAUAAAAAAGUACACUCCCUGUCCAAGAAUCACCUCUUCACCUCAAUAAAGAUAAAGAAAAAUCUCAUCCAAGAGUGAAUUCUUUUAAAGAGGACCGUAUAAAGCACUCCUCUAUCCUGUUUGAGAUACAGUUACAGACUUUUGAAAGCAUUAAAAAACCCAGAAUAAGCGACAACUAUUAAUACUGUGAAUUUAACUCGUGGAGAAGUUAUUUAAUAUGAAGUAAUACACACGUAAUAAACCUAAUGUGACAGAGAGAGGCCUGUUGUGUCAUUUUCUGUUAUUGCAAUUAAGAAAUAAAAAUAAAUAAAUAAAAAAUAAAAGGACCAAGAUUUGUGUCACAGUUUAUCAUGAACUAAAAUGUAUUUUUCAAUCAUGAAAAAAUGAAAAAAUAAUGUUUAAUAAGUAAUGCACUGCAAAUUUUUCACUUUGAAUCAUUUAUUUCCUCGUAAUUUGAAGAAAAACACCUAAUAUUUAUUGACUUGAAGCAAACAGGGUUGAGUCUUUCUUCAUGUUCAUAGGUAGCCUGUAGCACUGGAUCCCAGCGUGUAAUUCGGAGUAGAUGGAUGGUAGAGGAUCCACGUUAUAUUAUAAAGUGUUAACUUUUUUUUAUUAUUCGACUGUGAGAAAAACUCGUGAAUUGUUUUUUUUUGUUUGUUCUUCAAUGUAUAAAAAUGUAUGUAUGCUGUAUGUAUUGCCACCUUGCUCUAUUAUCAUGGUUAACCUCAAUGUGUUGUACAAGGACACUACAUCGUAAGCUGUAACAUUGCUUUGGGCUUUCUGUCUGUUUUUUUUUUUUGUUUUUUGUUUUUUGUUUUUUUGGAGUAGCUGAUCUUUCAAAGGGAUUUAAUUAAAUAAAUAAGAAUCAAACAAGA